AUGCUGAAAGAAAUUACAUAUCGUCUGAAGUUCAACAAUACAGGGAUAAUCCCAGAUCAGUGUGGAAAAUUAUCAGUUAUCCCUUCCAAAGACAAAGAGCUUCAAGUUUAUAGUAAAGACCGACACCUUGUAGCAGAAGAAUUCAAUCAGUAUUUUUCCUCCGUCGGUCGCAACACCGCUAAAGAGGCCCUGCGCCUAGCAGAUGUGCACGAUGGAAAUGUUUUAUCAAAUUUUACACCCAUACCUAUUAUAGUUGUCGCAGAAAACCAGUUCAACCUCAGGCCAGUCUCAAGCACAACGGUUCGCGCUAUUAUAGUCUCCGUGCCUUCAAAUAAAUCCCCUGGUCCAGAUAAAAUUAACAUGCGUGUUAUCAAAGACUGUCUCCAUGUUAUCUUGGAACCCCUAACCAGCAUAGUAAACCGCUCGCUCACCACCUCUGAGUUCCCAGAUGCAUGGAAAAUAGCCGAAUUAAUACCAUUGUUGAAAGAGGGAGAUCACGAAGUGCCUUCAAAUAACCGACCUCUUUCGCUUCUCAACUUUGCUUCCAAAGUUUGUGAGAGGGUAGUUCUCGAUCAGUUCAGUUGCUAUCUAAUGGAAAAUAAUCGCCUUUCCUCGCGCCAAAGUGCAUG